GGGAGUAGGUGUUGUGGGAGUUCAAGAUAAGUACUUGGGGUUGCCCACGCUCAUUGCUCAGUCUAAGAUGGCCACUUUUCGAUAUGUGGAGGAACGGUUAGCAGCUAGACUACAAGGGUGGGCCUAAAAGACGCUUUCAUGGGCGGCAAAGGAAAUGUUGAUCAAAUCCGUUGCCUCGGCUUUGCCACUACAUGUUAUGUCUUGUUUUAAGCUCCCCCUCACGUUGUGUAGGCUCCUAGAUUGGCUGGUGGCCCGACCCUGGUGGGGGGGGGGGGGGGUUGAGGAUGGCCAUUCUCGUAUUAGGUGGAUGUCUUGGAGGAAAAUGUGUCGCAGUAAGCACGAGGGGGGAUGGGUUUUCGCCGGUUUGAGUAAUUCAAUCAGGUGCUCCUGGCUAAGAUUGGAUGGAGAAUCCUGAAUGAGCCCCAUUCCCUACUUGCGCAGGUUUAUAAAGGAAAUACUUUCCUCAAGGCACUUUCCUCACUGCUAUGGCUCGCUCUCGGCCGUCUUGGGGCUGGCAGAGUAUCUUGUAUGGGCGACAAUUGUUGGAACGAGGACUAUGUUGGCAGAUUGGGAAUGGUCAAACGGUGUUUGCCUUGAACUCCAAGUGGAUACCAUGCAUUCACCCUGGUAUCCCUGCUUAUAGUCCUCAAGUUUUGUCGCAGGAGGAUGGUAUUAAGGUGGCAGAGUUGCUUGUCCCGGGGGAGGGACGCUGGGCUGAUGAGAAACUGGACCAAUGGUUUGAUCCUGCUACCUGUCGUGAUAUUAGGUCUAUCCCGCUCCCGCGAAGGGAUGUGGAGGAUAAGCUCGUCUGGCAUGGUACUUGUGAUGGGAUUUUCUCGGUCAAAUCGGCCUAUCACUUGGCCGUGCUGGUGGAUAAGCAGAAAGGUACGUUGACUCCCACGGUCAGUCUGAUGGGCAGGAGGAGUCGGUUACGGUUGUGGAACUCCUCGAUCCAUCCUAAAUUGAAGGUUUUUCUUUGACAAAUCCUGCACCGCUUCCUCCCCACGACGGAAGCACUCAUUGCUAAGGAGGUGUUGGUCCAUCCUAGGUGCCCGGUAGGUUGGGGAGAGUAUGAAACUAUAGAACAUCUAUUUCUGGAGUGCCCUGUGGCCCGUGCCUUGUGGGACUAUGCCGGCUUGGAGCAUCUUGGUCAGGGUCUCCCUCGUCAUUCUUGACCCUUGUUUAUUAAGAAGGUGUUGUCUCUUGUCCAGGAUCCACACCAAGUAAUGGCCUUUGUUGUUGUGUUAUGGCAGAUUUGGAAAUUCCGCAACUGGGUUGUUUUUGAAGGCAAACAGUUUGGGAUUCCCGCAAAUUGCCUGCUUAGUAUGCUUUGAAUUGACAGUCUCUAUAGUAAUGUGAAACCUAGGGAGGUAGUGUAUCACUAUGGAGGAUGUUUAAGUAUAAGAUUUUUCCUAUCUAGCUCUCUACUGUGCUAGUUGAUUUUGUGAAUUAGUGGAGCUAAGACCUUUGAAUUCAUGUGGUAAUGGUGACUCUGUUUGGAUUGUGUUAUGGGCUCGUGUAUCGAACAAGGUGCUCAUGUGGGAAAUGAAAAGCAGUUGGUCCUCCAUGUCGAAAUCAUUGAAAUCUUAAACAUGGGGUAGCCCAACGUGUGUGGCACCGUUCAUUGCACAAAAUUGGGUUUUGGAGAAGAUUUUAGUGAUCCUUAGUGGGGUACUCCUACAAGGUGAAGCUAAGCUGUCUCUAGUACAAGUAAAACUUCCACCCGUUGAACGGUUUGUCUACUCGAGGGUGUGUUUUUAAGGGCACGGAUAGAGCUUCCGACCCCCCUUAAUUUCAUUGACCCUCCACACGAGUUGAAGAAAAGGAGUUAAAAUAAGUACUCUAGCGAGCGCCAGAUGUACAGAAAUUGCUCUUGCUCGACUAAUAAGGGUCGACCGUGCAAAAGACUGCUGUUGGAACCCCCGCCAAGUGAAUGAAAAGGAAAAAAAAGAGUAAAAUGAAAGUGAAAAGGGGUUCCAACGGUGAAAUGAAGUGAAAGAGCACCCCGGUACAACAAGUCCUUGGUUGUGAAUGGUGUGAGUCCCUUUAUCCAUGAACUGACUGUCUUACUUCUACUUCUUCUCAUGAUCCUGGCUUGAGUCCAGUACUCGCAUUGAGAGAGAUAGGGAACGUCUUAGAAGACCAGUUGACCUCGUAAGCUGCUUUAUGAUCUAGGAAAUCCUCUACCAACGAUCGAGGUUAUUUGUUGCUAUAGAGGUUUGGACAGUUGCAUUGGUUUGAGUUAGGUUUGCUUGGGGACAAGAAAACGGUUAAGUGUGG